AUUGUGUAUUUCUCUGGAACUCGCGGGCCAGGAGCCUUUGGAGAUACGCCCAAAUUGCCGGCCAAAAAGUUUUAACACUUGGUACUGCCAUUUGCUUCGGUAUCGCUCAUAGACCGCUGUAGCAAAUGUUGAAAUGCAAGCACACGGCGGGGCAAGCCGCCGUGCUCGGGCGACGUAUGGCUUGGUGCAGGCUGCGCCCUGUGCCCAGCAGUGUCCGCGGUGUGUCCGCGACCACCCUCGCGCACAGCGCCUCCCCCGACUCGCCAGGCCAAGCAAGCACUAACCCAGUACACGUAACAAUUGUGGGAGGAGGAGCCGCGGGCCUCACAGCUGCCUUCUUUGCAGCAGAGCACGGAGCCAAGGUGACGGUGUUGGAGCGCACCCGCGAGGCAGGCAAGAAGAUCCUCAUGUCGGGCGGCUCGCGCUGCAACGUCCUUCCUCUGGAGGUGGACCUAGCCACGGACUAUUUCAGUGACAGCGCCCCCAGCGCCGUGCGGGCCGUGUUUGCCAGCUGGAACCUGGACCUGUGCAAGGCCUGGCUGGAAGAUCCCUACUGGGGUGUGGGCGUUGACAUGACUCUGGAGGAAGAGACCAAGAAGUGGUUCCCAACCAGCAACAGCUCCAAAGAGGUACGGGACCGGCUGGUGGCGGCGUGUGAGGCGCGCGGCGUGCAGUUCAUCUACAACGCCAGCGUGGAGGGCUUCGUGCAGCUACAGGAUCAGCAACCCCAGCACCAGCACCAACAGCACCAGCAGCAGCUGCCUUUGGAUGCGCCUGCAAUGGGCGCCGCGGCCGCGGCCCAAGCAGCAGCAGCAGCAGCCGCAGCAGGGCCAGAUGGCGCCGAUGUGACGGCCGCCGCAGACCGGUGCGCCAGUGGCGCUGAGGCGGGGACCUCGGAGCCUGGGGCCGUUGGCACGGAGGUGGCUGCAGCUGCCGCCGCGCCCAAGCGCAGCAAGAAGGGGAAGGGCAAGGGUCAGGGUGCGGUCGCGGCCGCGGCGGGUGACGCACAGCCGCCGCCACCCACCAAGUGGUUGUGCCGGCUCCGUGACGGCACCGAGCACAUAACUGACAAGCUGAUCGUGGCUACCGGCGGUCUGAGUUUCCCCGCCGUGGGCACGGACGGCACCGGGCACCGGCUGCUGGCGCGGCUGGGCCACUCGCUGCGGCCUUCCUACGCCGCCCUCACGCCGCUGGUCGGCAAGCACCCCGCGGGGCAGCAGCUUGCGGGCGUGUCCAUGUACGACAUAGAGCUGUCCGUGCAGCUGCCGGGCGCCAAGAAGCCGCGUGUGUCGGAGCGCACGGCCCUGCUGUUCACACACAAGGGCUACAGCGGCCCGGCGGUGCUGGACCUGAGCCACCACGCAGUCAAGGCGCUGACGUCGGCGCCGCCAUCGGCAGCGCCCGCGUCUGUGCCAGCUGCAGCCGAAGCGCCUGCGGCUGGUGGUGCCGGUGGCAGCGCCGGCGCGUACCUGGGAGCAGGGCUGCCGUCGCUGCGAGUCAACUGGACGCAUGAGCCGGCGGCGGUGUGGGACGAACGGCUGCGGGCCGGCAGCACAGCGCUGGUGCCCAACCAGCUGCAGCGCCACGGACUCAAGGAGCGGCUGGCGGAGGCGCUGGCGGCGGAGCUGGGGCUCACGGCGCGGCGUGUGUGCGACCUGCGCAAGCAGGAGCGCGCGGCGCUGGUGGCGGCGCUGACCGCGUACGAGCUGCAGUACACCGGACACGAGGGCUACAAGAAGGCCGAGGUGACGGGCGGCGGCGUGCCACUGGAGGAAAUCAACUGCGCCACCAUGGAGAGCCGGAUGCUGCCUGGCCUGUUCCUGUGUGGCGAGUGCGUGGACGUGUUCGGACGCAUUGGCGGCUUCAACUUCUACUGGGCCUGGGUGUCCGGCCGCCUAGCGGGCGUGGGCGCGGCGCAGGGUGGGCUGCACCCACAACGGCGCGCUAAGAAGCAGGCAGCGGCAGCAGUGGCGUAGCGGGUGCGGGCUGCGGGCGCGCGUGCAGUAUCGCAAGACAAGCUACAGAACAGCAUGGGUACUUGUGUGCAAAUGGAUUGGCGUGUGUGGAUGCGACAAACUUAAUCCAUGCGUGGUCAGGUAAUUUUGAGGUAGACUUAACUUAACACAGCACCCGGAAGUAUGUUGAUGUAUGCUGGUUGUUUCGGGUCGUGUGCAUGCACUUGUCCGUGACUUGCGCGGCCUGACGAACAGCGCACGUUGCGCUUGAGAGGCGGACUGUGCACCCCACCCAACCGGCCACGUCCGGAUUUGCGGGGAUGCCAAAGGCCCCCAACAUAGAGGCGUGUGCUUAGUAGGCGCCCGCGUCAAGGUGGCUGGGUUGAUAACGACCCGGGAGGGGAGGGCUCAGCCCUUUUCCUGCCUCCCUAAGGCAGCCACCUCCUUGUUGAGGUAGACUUGCGUUCUGUGCUCUUUUAGACCAACGUCUUCUUCAUACUAAUUAUAUUUACGAUUGGGAGUUAUUUGCCAAGUCCCUUUGGGUAGACUUGCAUGUAAAUAGGCGCGAUGGGGCUCACUCACACCCAAAGCGCCUUUGGCGACUCCAUGAAUGGACUUGCGGGGCCAGGCCGGCCCAGAGCUCGCAUGGCAGGGUGGCAGGAGGAGGCCCGAAUACAGGCAUUGCUCCGUGAGGGGCUAGAG